UCUUUUUCUACCGUAAACCCUCUUCCUCCCAAAACCCUCAUAUCUCUAUUGCUCUCUCUGAACUCACACACAGAAAAUGGCACUCUCCAAACCCACCUUCCUCACCCACCUCAAAACCUUAGCCAAACCGCACCACCACCCACCACCAGCAGCCGCCUCCUUCAUCUCCCUCCGCCGCUCCCUCUCAUUCUCCUCCCCAGAAGAAGCCGCCGCAGAACGCCGCCGCCGCAAGCGCCGCCUGCGCAUCGAACCCCCUCUCUCCUCCCUCAACCGCACCCAACAACAACAACAACAAUCUCCAAAACCCCAAAACUCUCAAAUCCCACAAAACCCAAACUCCCCAAAACUCCCCGAGCCCGUCUCGGCCCUCUCCGGCAACCGACUCAAUCUCCACAACCGCAUUCUCAAGUUGAUCCGUGAGAACGACCUCGACGAGGCUUCGCUCUUCACGAGGCACUCCGUCUACUCCAAUUGUCGCCCCACCAUCUUCACCGUCAACUCCGUCCUCAACGCCCUCAUUCGCCAGUCCAAGUACGCUGACCUCCUCUCCCUCCACCGCUUCAUCACCCAGGCUGGUAUUGCCCCCAAUAUCAUCACCUACAAUCUCAUUUUCCAGACCUAUCUCGAUUGUCGAAAACCCGACACCGCCUUGGAACACUACCGCCAGUUCAUCAACGACGCACCCAUCAACCCCUCUCCGACGACCUACCGGAUUCUCAUCAAAGGAUUGGUGGAUAAUGGAAAACUUGCCAAAGCCAUGGAAUUGAAAGAGGAGGCUUUUGGGGUCAAAGGGUUUGCCGCAGACCCCAUUAUGUACCAUUAUUUGAUGAAUGGGUGUGUGAGGAGUGGGGAUUCAGAUGGGGUUUUUGGGCUUUUUGAGGAGUUGAAGGAGAAAGUGGCAGGGUUUGUGGAGGAUGGGGUGGUGUAUGGUGGGUUGAUGAAGGGGUAUUUCAUGAGGGGAAUGGAGAAGGAGGCCAUGGAGUGUUAUGAGGAGGCGGUUGGGGCGGGUUCGAGGGUGAAGAUGAGUGCUGUCGCGUAUAAUUCGGUGUUGGAUGCUUUGAGCAAGAAUGGGAAGUUCGAUGAGGCCUUGAGGUUGUUUGACAGGAUGAUUCAGGAGCAUAGCUUGCCGAGGCGGUUGGCAGUGAAUUUGGGGAGUUUUAAUGUGAUGGUUGAUGGGUAUUGCGCACAAGGGAGGUUUAAGGAUGCCAUUGAGCUUUUUAGGAAGAUGGGGGAGUAUAGGUGUAGUCCGGAUACUUUGUCGUUCAAUAAUUUGAUUGAACAGUUGUGUAAUAAUGGAAUGUUAGGCGAGGCUGAGGAGAUGUGUAGGGAGAUGGGGGAGAAGGGGGUGAAUCCGGAUGAGUUUACGUAUGGGUUGUUGAUGGAUACUUGUUUUAAGGAGGAUAGGGCUGAUGAUGCAGCUGGGUAUUUUAGGAAGAUGGUUGAGUCAGGGCUGAGGCCAAACUUGGCGGUUUAUAAUAGGUUGGUUGAUGGGUUGGUUAAGGUGGAGAAGGUUGAUGAUGCGAAGUCAUUUUUCGAUCUGAUGGUGAAGAAACUGAAGAUGGAUGUUGAGAGCUAUGAGUUUAUAAUGAAGGCAUUGAGUGAGGUUGGAAAGUUGGAUGAGGUGCUCAAUGUGGUUGAUACAAUGUUGGAUGAUGACGGGGUUGAGUUUAAUGAGGAGUUGCAGGAGUUUGUGAAAGCGGAGUUGAGGAAGGAAGGAAGGGAGGAGGAUUUGGGAAAGCUUAUGGAGGAAAAGGAAAGGCAGAAGGCUGAAGCCAAGGCUAAGGAGGCUGAAGCUGCAGAAGCUGCCAAAAAAAGUGCAAGAGCUGCCAUUUCUUCUUUACUUCCGUCCAAGUUGUUUGGAAAUAAGGACAGUGACGCAGAGUCUGCAGAGACCAAGCAAACUGAGGCAGAGUCUGCUGAGGCCAAUGGAAAUGUUGUUGAGGCUACUCUUGCGAAUGAAGAAGGGCAAGCUGGUCAAGAAGGGAGCUCUGGUGAAAUUGCUCCUGUGGAUGCUGUUGGGGAAUUGGCAGACGAAACAGUUACUGAAGAUGUGGGUUCAGAUGGUAUAGCGGCAAAAAGUGAUGGUGCAAACUGAGCAGGUAACAGCUUGAAUGUGCAAAUUCAUUGGCGAUGACUUUGACGGGGAAAAUGACCGUCUUUUGUGUUCCCUUUCUUCAUUGAAACACUUGAAAUACGAACCUAAUGUCAUCUGCUAGUUUAGUAAAUUUAUAUAUAAUUAAUAUUGUUGGAAAU